UCAGAAAACAUGUUCAAUCAAUUUUCAAAAAUUAAACAUAACCAAAAAUAAUAUAGCAUAACCAAAUAUGUAAACAAAUGUAAACAGAUUAGGCAUGCUUGAACAACGAUUACAGAUAUGUGUGAACAACCUAAGGCUCUGAUACCAACUGUUAGAUUUCUUUAGUAAAUAAUCUAGAUCUUUCACACAAACAUGUAAUACGUAUAAAGACAUGGAAGACAUACCUGGAGCCAUCUUCCUUGAGUACACAGCUUUUGAACUCAUCCUAUCCGUUGCGCAGCAAUCCUAGCAAUUUAUCAGGGACGGCUCAAGAACUUCUGCUCUCUCUCAGAAUCUGUUUCAGCUCUCUCUUUAUGAUGAGAAUAGGUUUUGAGAACGUGUCUGAUGAGAGCAGGGCCUUAAGCUUAUAUAGGGCUAGGUCAAGUCGUCUCUACUCAUCACCGAGGGCCGACUUGACUAAUCUUCCAAGCCCACUUAAUCGGUUCACGCAAAAAGGAAACAAAAAUAGGACUCCUUAAUAGGCCCUAAAACCUUUCCUUAUUUCACAAGGUUUUGGGCCUCAAGGUACAACUUAAUUUAAACCCUUAUCAAACCAUGUGACUUAGUAUCUAGUGCACCGAUCUAAUUAGGAAAUCAUAACAGAGGAUGCCAUUGAAACUUAUGUCUUAAAAGUGGCUUUCAAGAGGAAACCAAAUGUUUUGACAUGGUUUACUGGCAUCUUCAUAAAAGGAGUUAAUCUUCAUCGGAUUGGCUCAGACAUUGAGAAAAUUACAACCAAAAUUUCACAACUGAGUUCGAUUAUGCCAAGUUUUAACCUACACCAAACAAGGGAGAAUGGAGGUGACACUUUUUUUAAGAGGCAACAGGAACGGAGGAUAGCUUAUCCUCAUAUUGUCGACCCUCAUGUGGUUGGGUUAGCCCCUGGAACAGAGAUAUUGGCUACGCAUUUGAUCAAAGAAAAAGGCCCCCGAGUUGUUUCUAUUUGGGGGAUGGGCGGGUUGGGUAAAACCACUCUUGCAAAACAAGUUUAUCAUCAUGGUGAUGUUAAGCGUCAUUUCGAUUGUUUUGCUUGGGUGUGUAUCUCUCAACAAUGCCAAGCACGGGAAGUUUUGGAAGAAAUUCUGACUAAACUCAUUUCUCCUACCAAUGAGCAAAGACAAGAAAUUGCAAAACUGAAGAUUGAUCAAAUAGCAGAGAGGCUUUGGAAUACGCAAAGAGAAAGGAAAUGUUUGGUGGUGCUUGAUGACAUUUGGACCAGUGGUGCGUGGAGCUCUUUGCAAGUUGGAUUUCCAAUGAAUGAGGAAACUGAGAGUCGAAUUUUACUCACUACUCGCAACAAAGAAGUCGUUUUGUAUUCAGACAAAAAGGGUUUCCUCUUUGAACCACAGUCGUUGAAUGAUGAUGAAAGCUGGGAACUGUUUGAGAAGAGAGCAAUGUAUGGAAUGGAAAAUACAAACCCUAAAAUUUAUGAACAAAAGAAAGAGCUAGGAAUGGAGAUGCUUCAACAUUGUAAAGGUUUGCCACUAGCCAUCACGGUGCUUGCAGGACUUCUAGAUAGAAAAGACACAGUUGAUGAAUGGACUACGGUGCAUAAGAAUAUUGAUGCAUAUAUAAGGAGAGGCACAGACCUUGGGCCCAAUUCCAGAGGUGAAGGAUAUGAAGGGGUAUCAUGGUGGUUGGAAUUGAGUUACGACAAUUUAUCAUAUCACUUAAAACUAUGCUUUUUGCACUUAGCCCAUUUUCCAGAAGAUUAUGAAAUACCGGUGAGUACAUUGACUAAACUAUGGAUGGCAGAAGGUUUUAUAUCAUUUGCACCAGCGAAAGAAAUGGAAGAUGUAUCAUAUAGGUGCAUAAGUGAGUUGGUGGGCAGGUGCAUGGUUCAAGUUGGAAAACAUGGUUCAAGUAAAAAAAUCAAGACUUGUCGUCUCCACGAUCUUAUGCGAGACUUAUGCACGUUAAAGGCAAAAGAGGGAAACUUUCUCCAUAUUAUCAAUUAUUCUGCAGCUGCAGAGAUCAAGCCAACACCAAAUGAUAGAGUUCGAAGACUUGCCAUCUAUUUGGACAAAACAGUUGAUAGAUAUAGUCUGGGAAAAGAUGAAAAUUAUGGACAUGUUAGGUCUUUGUUAUACUUUGGCCGAGGAAACCACUACUUAAUGAACUCAAAGGUAUUACGGUCACUAUUCAAGAACUUCACAUUACUUAGAGUUUUGAAGUUUGAAUUUAUGAAUGGUAGAGAGUUAAAGUUACCAGAUGAAGUUGGGAAUCUAAUGCACUUAAGGUUUUUAAGUUUGAAGGAUAGUAUGAUUAAAGCGGUGCCAUCAUCUAUAGCAAAUUUGGUAUGUUUGCACACUAUGGAUUUACGUAGCAGGUAUGGGUAUAUUAAAAUUCCAAAUCGAAAUGUGUUUUCCAAGAUGGAAAAAUUGAGACAUAUAUAUUUACCCAAACAUCAUAGUGCAAGAGAAAAACGUCUGUUAUUUGCUACUGAGGCAGUGAAUUUGCACACGGUAGUCAAUAUUGGUAUUCAGGGAUCUGAUCUAGAUGAUUUUAUUAAACUAACCAACAUUAGAAAAUUGGGAGUUAUCACAUUUGACGAAGGGGAAAAAAAGUUGAAAGGGACAAACAUCAUAUUUAAGCAUCUCCAGUCUCUAUCGGUGGACUCUCGUUUCGAGGAUCUAGCAAUACCAUGGAACAGAGUAUUAAGUUGUCCUAAUAUACACAAGCUGCGACUACGCGGACAUAUCACAGAGUUACCAGAAGACCUCCUGUGCCUUAAGAACCUCACCAAGCUUAAACUGAUAAAUUUUGGUGAUCUCAAGGACGACCACAUAAAAGUAUUAGAGAAGCUGCCAAGCUUGAGAAUGCUUUUUGCUUGGAGCGGGAAUUUUCCAGCACAUCUUGUUUGCUCAGAGGGAGGCUUUCCAUUUCUCGAAUUUCUUUCUCUUUAUUCGUUGGAGUUCAAAGAAUGGAAGGUGGAGAAAGGAGCCAUGCCUAGUCUCUGCAGAUUGCACAUUGAGUUUUGCACAUUGGAGGCAGUUCCUGAUGGGCUCCAAUAUAUUACUACCCUCAAGGAAUUAACCAUCGGAGCGAUGCUUCCUGAAUUCUUUAGCCGGCUUGGGGAAGGAGGAGAGGAUUUUUACAAAAUCCAACAUGUGCAGUCUGUUAUUAUAACAAAUAACAAGAGGAUAUAUGGUAUGCUAAAUUUUGUUUUUCUCUUUUCUUAUUUAUUUUUUGCAGUCUGUAAUCAAUGUUUGUUUCUUCUGUUUAGAGCAGAUUAGGUAAACAAGUGAAUGUGGACUUCAUGUGGAUCACUAAUUCAUCACUUCCAGAUAAAAGAGUGAAUUAGCUUUAGAUGUCAACUUUGAUUUGUUGUCAUAUCAUAUCAUGAAAACUUUCGGCAGAAAAAAUUGAAUUUCUAAAAUGUCAAUGUUGAACCAAUACUAUAUCACAGCCACCACACGUGUGUGGAUAGUUCCAAAGAAAAAAAAUCAACAUCAGUAUGCGUCAGCAAGUAUGUCACUUAAUAUUUUCUUGCUCUCAACCCAUAGUCCUUAACUUUAUUUUUAAGCUUUCAUUUCAUUUGUGUUUUGUCUCAUUGCUCGCUAGCCAGUUUCUCACCAUGGAAAUCUGGUUCCUUAUCCUCGCCGCUCUCUGCAUCUCUUUUCUCCUCAAACCCCUUCUCAGUCUCUUCAUCCCCUCCAUUUCCAAACCCACCGAGCAACCCACACUC